ACGGAACCUUACAUUGCAACGAAAUCCUUUUGACUCUGAAAUACAACCAARUUGACGUGAAGAGAAUUCUUUCCAAAAUAUAUUGACGAUGCCAGCAAAAGCUUUGGGGAAAUCGAAACCCGAGACAGUCUUCUCAGGUUUCAAGGGUGUCACCAAAGAAUCAACCAACAAGCUAUUUUCUCCUGUUUAUCCACCUCGAACUAAAAGUAAGUUUCAGUUGGGCAGAGUCAGAGCAAGUCCAUAUGGUUCUUGCCUUGACUCGAUUAAAGGUGGAGAAGGCACUGUUGCUUGGGAGGAAUGGCGUGAAGAAAACCUUCCGCCUCUGACAGUCCCACGCGAGGGUUACGGACACAUCUACGGCCAGGAAACUAUCGACGAAGUAGACGGAACCGAUCUAGGGGAUGCCAAUCCAGAAAUAUCUGCUACGGGAGAUGCAUCAUUGAAAAAUCCUCACGACUUCGGGUCGACCAAAACUCCCGAUGACGCUCCGGUCGGUUCUCUCAAAGACAAGUGGAGAUUGCUCCCACACUUUUUGAAGAUGCGGUCUUUGAUGCGACAACAUAUUGAUUCAUUUGAUCACUUUGUCAACGUCGAAAUGAAGCAGAUUGUCCAGUCGCCAAGUGCUCGAGAGAUUCGAUCAGAACAUGAUCCAAAUUUCUAUCUACGAUAUACUGACUGUUGGUUGGGGGAACCAAGCGUUGAGGAAGACUCUUACGCUACUUCGACCGCGACACCCUUCCAAUGCCGACUGCGGGAUUGUACAUAUUCCGCACCUAUAUACGUCAACGUUCGAUAUACACGUGGACGACAGAUCGUUGUUAAGAGGAAAGUUAAAAUAGGGCAAAUGCCGAUCAUGUUGCGGUCGCAAAAAUGCAUUUUGUACGAAAAAUCAGAACACGAGCUAGCAAAAUUGAAAGAAUGCCCUUACGAUCCUGGUGGGUAUUUUGUUGUCAAGGGUGUUGAAAAAGCUAUUCUAAUCCAAGAGCAACUUUCCAAGAAUCGUGUCAUUCUAGAAAAGGAUGCUAAGGGAGAAAUCUGCGCAAGUAUCACGUCGUCAACACACGAGCGCAAAUCCAAGGCAUAUAUUUCGAUGAAACACGGGAGGGUUUAUUUGAAAAAUAACACGUUGGGAGAAGAUAUUCCAAUCGCUACUGUAUUAAAGGCAAUGGGUGUUGAGAGUGAUGUUGAGGCAGUGCAACUUGUUGGGAGCGAACCAUAUAUCGUCAAUGCUUUGGCUCUAUCUUUGGAAGAGUCGAGCAAAAUGGGCAUCCACACCCGACUUCAGGCGCUCAAGUUUAUUGGCUCAAAGAUUAGACGCAAUGCAAAUUCUUAUCGCAGACCAAUGCCUCCCGAGGACGAAGCGAGAGAAAUUCUUGACCGUGUUGUUCUGAGUCAUGUGCCAGUGCACCAUUUUGAUUUCCGAGCCAAGGCUAUUUACGUCGGGCAUAUCACCCGCCGAGUUCUGCUCGUCCAUCUUGGAAAGAUGUCGUUGGAUGAUAAAGAUUAUUAUGGAAACAAGAGAUUAGAAUUGGCGGGCAAUCUAUUAUCGCUUCUUUUUGAGGAUUUAUUCAAAAUUUUUAGCAAGGACUUGAAGCGACAAGCCGACAUGGUCCUUUCCAAACCGAAUCGAGCACAGGCGUACGAUGUUGUGAAAUCCAUUCGGCCGGACACUAUUACGAAUGGUAUGAUCCAGGCAAUUGCCACAGGAAAUUGGGUUUUGAAACGAUUCAGAAUGGAUCGAGCUGGAGGUAAGUCCAUCUGUUUGUUAAAAAAUUCUCCGAGGCCGUGUUCGUGUCUCACAAAUACUGUUUCGAUACCAAUAAUUACGAAUCCGUAGUUACUCAGGUUCUGUCGAGAUUAUCUUACAUGUCUGCGAUGGGGAUGAUGACCAAAAUCCAGAGUCAAUUUGAAAAAACAAGAAAGGUCAGCGGACCUCGUUCGUUACAAGCUAGUCAGUGGGGUAUGCUAUGUCCUGCAGAUACUCCAGAAGGAGAGGCGUGUGGUCUUGUAAAGAACCUCGCAUUAUUAGCACAUAUUACAACUGAUGAGGAUACGCAGCCAAUAGAACGUCUUUGCCGUGACUUAGGCGUUGAAGAUGUUCUUCGUUUAUCUGGUCAUGAGAUAAACUCCCAACAGGCUUAUUUAGUUCUUUUGAAUGGUUUGAUUCUAGGCGUUCAUACCCGACCAAUAUCGUUGGUGAAAAAUCUACGAAGGCUAAGACGAAGAGGACUAGCAGGAGAAUUUGUAUCAUUUUAUUUGAACAAGGAACAGCGAGCUGUGCACAUUGCAACAGAUGGAGGCCGCGUUUGCCGUCCUCUCAUUAUUGUUGAUGAAAAAAAUGGGCUACCUCGACUCAAGCAAGAACACAUUGAGGGUUUAGCUCUUGGUACCCUAAAUGUCAGAGAUUUACUUGAACGAGGAAUUGUAGAGUAUGUUGAUUGCAAUGAAGAAAACAACACACUCAUCGCAGUGACGGAAAGAGACUUAGAGAUUGCUCGCAAGCAAGGGCUAGAAACUCGCAAAAUGCGGUACACACAUUUAGAGGUGGAUCCAUUUACUAUUCUUGGUGUCGUUGGUGGAAUCAUCCCAGUAAGUUAUAUUUUGAUUUACUUCAAAAUACAUAUUUGGUCAUGUAUGAUGAGAGUCACUGCCACUAACAGAAACUUUGUACUUCUCGCAGUAUCCGCACCACAACCAAGCCCCACGAAAUACAUACACUGUCGCGAUGAGUAAACAGGCAAUGGGAACUAUUGGAGUUAACGAAUACGAGAGAAUGGAUGGGUUGAUCUACACUCUCGUCUACCCUCAGAAACCACUUGUGAAGUCUCGAACGCUUGACUUAGUUGGCUUUGAUAAGAUCCCAGGUGGACAUAACACCUGCAUCGCAGUUAUGAGUUUCAGCGGGUACGAUAUUGAGGAUGCAGUUAUCCUUAGCAAAGCAAGUAUUGACCGCGGCUUUGGAAGGUGUAUAAUCCUCAAAAAGCACCAAACUAGUGUCCGAAGAUAUGCCAAUGGGUCGAUCGAUAGAACGUGUGGACCACCCGAUGUUAGCAAUUUUGCGGACGGGGAAGAUGAUAAACGGUAUACAAAGUAUAAGGCAAUAGACGAUGACGGAAUWUGUAUGGUGGGAGAAAAAAUGGAGGGUGGGUCCAUCAUGGUCAAUAAGGAAUCACCGGCAAACACCACUGGUGACAUCGGUGGAGCAGACCUUGGCAUGAACAUGGGCAUGUCGUCUGCRGUUAUGCAAUACAAACCAUCAGCGUUGUCUUAUCGAGGUCAGGUCCCAUCUCAUGUUGAUAAGGUCCUCAUCACCUCAAAUGAACAUGAGCAAUUCUUGAUCAAAGUGAUGCUUCGGCAAAUCAGAAGACCCGAAGUUGGAGACAAGUUUGCAUCUAGGCACGGUCAAAAAGGCGUUUGUGGUCUCAUUGUUCCACAAGAAGAUUUACCUUUCAAUGAUUUUGGUCACUCACCUGAUUUAAUCAUGAACCCGCAUGGUUUUCCAUCUCGGAUGACAGUUGGCAAGCUUUUAGAGCUCCUUGUUGGGAAAGCUGGAUUGUACGAAGGUCGUCAAGGCUACUCCUCUGCAUUCGGAGAAGAACAUGGCUCUGCGGACACUGCUGAAGCGACAGCGGAGGCUCUUCUUCGAAAUGGGCUGAACUACACAGGUAAAGACACUUUUUAUAGUGGUGCAAGUGGCGAGCCUCUGGACGCUUACGUCUUCUCGGGACCUGUGUUUUAUCAAAAGCUUAAGCACAUGGUUCUCGACAAAGCCCACGCUCGUGCGCGAGGGCCUCGUGCUGUAUUGACUAGACAGCCUACGGAAGGGCGAGCGCGCGAUGGAGGGCUACGAUUGGGAGAAAUGGAACGUGAUUGCCUCAUUGCAUACGGAGCUUCUAAUCUCAUAAUGGAGCGACUAAUGCACUCUUCUGAUGCAUUUUCGGCUAAUGUUUGUCUCAAGUGUGGUCUUCUUCAGUACGACGUAAGUUUACCGUUGUCUUCAAGUUGUUYGUCAUUAUGAAAAAUUGCGAAGCUAACGUAUUAUUUUUUGAUAUUCUUUAAUUCAGAAUUGGUGCCAGUACUGUAGAACUGGCGAAAAGGUCACUGAUAUU